CAGAGAGUUCUUACUGUUUCCAGGUGGCUUGAGUAAAGAUUCCAAGGUUUUCUCAAAGAGCAAAGAAACUCAGUGAGACAGCCAGCCAUGGGGCUGCUGGCUGGGGAUGGCCUGUGGUCUGUGGCUAUAUUCACAGUCAUCUUCCUGCUUCUGGUAGACCUGAUGCAUCGGCGCCGGCGCCGGACUGCCUGCUACCCGCCAGGCCCUGUGACAGUGCCAGUACUUGGCAACCUGCUGCAGCUGGACUUCCAGAACAUUCAAUAUAGCAUGUACAAGCUUCAAAACCGCUAUGGUGACGUGUUCAGCCUGCAGAUGGCCUGGAAGCCCGUGGUUGUGAUCAAUGGACUGAAGGCGGUGCGGGAAGUGCUGGUGACCUGUGGAGAGGACACUGCUGACCGCCCUUCAGUACCCAUCUUUGAAUACCUGGGUUUUAAGCCCAGAUCCCAAGGUGUGGUUCUUGCAUCGUAUGGGCCUGAAUGGCGAGAGCAGCGGCGAUUCUCUGUGUCCACCCUGCGCAACUUCGGCCUGGGCAAGAAAUCACUGGAGCAGUGGGUGACAGGGGAGGCAGGCCACUUAUGUGACGCCUUCGCCGACCAGGCUGGGUGUCCCUUCAAUCCCAGCACCUUGCUGAACAAGUCUGUAUGCAAUGUGAUCGCGUCCCUCAUUUUUGCUCGUCGCUUCGAGUACGAAGACUCCGACCUCACUAGAAUGCUGACACUAAUAGGAGAAAGUUUGAAAGAGGUCUCUGGCAUCAUUCCUGAGGUUCUGAACUCAUUUCCGAUGCUCCUGCGCAUCCCAGGGCUGGGUAACAAGGUCUUUGAAGGUCAGAAGAACUUCGUGGCCAUGGUGGAUAACCUGUUGACUGAGAAUAGGAGGACCAGGGACCCUGAAAAGCCACCCCGGAACCUAACUGAUGCCUUCCUGGCAGAGAUGGAGAAGGCCAAGGGAAACCCUGAGAGCAGCUUCAAUGAUGAGAACCUGCGCAUGGUGGUGGGUGACCUGUUUGGUGCAGGGAUGGUGACCACCUCAACCACACUGUCCUGGGCCCUGCUGCUCAUGAUCCUACACCCGGAUGUGCAGAGCCGCGUCCAACAGGAGAUCGAUGAAGUCAUAGGGCAGGCGCGGCGUCCAGAGAUGGCAGACCAGGCCCGCAUGCCCUACACCAAUGCUGUCAUUCAUGAGGUGCAGCGCUUUGGGGACAUCUCCCCAUUGAACUUGCCACGUAUAACAUCCCGUGACAUUGAAGUACAGGGCUUCCUCAUCCCCAAGGGGACGACCCUCAUCGUCAACCUGUCCUCAGUGCUGAAGGAUGAGACUAUCUGGGAGAAGCCCCUCCGCUUCCAUCCUGAGCACUUCCUGGAUGCCCAGGGCCGCUUUGUGAAACAUGAGGCCUUCAUGCCAUUCUCAGCAGGUCGCCGAGCUUGCCUGGGGGAGCCCCUGGCCCGCAUGGAGCUCUUCCUCUUUUUCACCUGCCUCCUGCAGCGCUUUAACUUCUCCCUGCCCAGUGGACAGCCCCGACCCAGUGACUAUGGCAAUUUCCCAAUUCCAGUUGCCCCCUCCCCCUACCAACUCUGUGCUGUGAUGCGCCAGCAGGGACACUAAUUCCAGUCCUUUUCUGUAACUAGGGCUGAACCAUGAACAAUAAACCAGUCUGGUAGCUGCCGCUA